AUGUCUAGGUUCGAAAAGUCUCUUUACGACCUCAUCCGCGGCCUUCGCGCCCACAAGGGAAAUGAAAAGGCCUAUAUUGCCCAGUCAAUGCAGGAAUGCAGGAACGAAGCUAGAUCGAACGAUAUGGAUAUAAAAUGCGCCGCGAUACUCAAACUUAUAUACCUCGAAAUGUUCGGCCAUAGCAUGUCGUGGGCUUCUUUUCAUGUCUUGGAAGUCAUGUCCUCGCAGAAGUUCGUGCAGAAGAGGGUGGGGUAUUUGGCUGCCGUCCAGAGCUUUCGGCUGGAUACAGACGUUUUGAUGUUAGCGACGAACUUGUUGAAAAAGGAUCUCUCGUCGCCAAACCAGUUCGAGUUAUCUUUGGCUAUUAACGGGUUAUCGCAUAUCGUAUCUCCAUCUUUGGCAAGAGAUUUAACGCCGGACCUGAUAGCGAAAAUGAACCAUUCCAACCCUUAUAUUCGAAAAAAGGCGGUGUUGGUUAUGUAUAAAAUAUUCUUACAGUUUCCCGAAGCUUUACGAACGAGUUUUCCGAGACUGAGGGAACGGCUAGAAGAUAACGAUGAGACUGUGGUAUCUGCAACCGUCAAUGUAAUCUGCGAACUAUCCAGGAAGAAUCCGAGGAACUAUCUUCCUCUCGCUCCACAACUUUUCAACCUCCUCACAACAUCAAAGAAUAACUGGAUGACAAUCAAAAUCAUCAAGCUGUUUUCCUCUUUAACUCCCCUCGAACCCCGACUUGUGAAAAAACUUGUCCCACCGAUAUCAAACAUCAUAAAGACCACAACUGCCAUGUCCCUUCUUUACGAAUGUAUCAACGGCCUAAUCUCCGGUGGCCUAUUAACACACUUAGCCGGCACUUCAGACGGCGAAGACCUUGCUAUUCUAUGUGUUGGGAAACUAAGAGGUUUCCUCGUAGAAGGGGAUAGUAAUCUUAAAUACGUUGCGUUACUAGCACUGACGAAGAUGACAAAGACGCAUGGGUAUCUCGUUGCAGCUGAGAAAGAUGUUAUAUUGGAAUGUAUAGACGACGAGGAUGUUAGCAUUCGACUAAGGGCGUUGGAGUUAGUUGUGGGAAUGGUAGAUGUGGAGAUUUUACAACCGGUCGUAGGAAGGUUGUUACGGCAGUUAAGACCCGUGUCUUCGGAUGAUAAUGAUAUAUCCGGAAAGAAGGAGUAUGAUGAUAACGAGGAAGAUGAUGAAAACGGGGAAGUGGAGUUGGUAAAGAGGACAGCGGGACCGGCAAAGCCAGCUGUCAGUUUACCUGAUGACUAUAAGGAUGGGGUGAUACGCAGGAUCUUAGAGAUGUGCUCAAAGGAUACCUAUGCGAAUAUGCCAGACUUUGAAUGGUAUAUUGACGUAUUGGUUCAAUUGGUGAGGUAUUGCCCCGGGGAGAUUAAGUCAAGUGGGGGCCAGAGUUUGGAUGAUGAGGAUUUUGAGGAAGCCUACAUGGCGGGAGGAAAGGUUGAUGUUGGGGAGGAGAUUGGGAGGGAGUUAAGGAAUGUAGCGGUGAGGGUUAAGACAGUUAGGAGGCAAGCAACGGAGGCAGCGGAGUUGUUGAUGGGGAGGAGUAGUACGAUGUUCCCAGUUACCGGAGGCGGCGGGAAAAGGGUGCUAUUGGCAGCAGCAUGGAUCGUGGGAGAAUACGCAGAACAUUUACGAAGUCCUAACGAGACGAUUGAUUCUUUACUACAAUCGUCAAAUGCAUCUUUACCAGCGGAUGUGGUCUCGACUUAUGUCCAGGCCAUACCAAAAGUCUAUUCCUAUCUCACAUCGAAUGAUUCUAUCGCAUGGACACCGGAACGGAAAACAACAGUUACGCUUCUUACGAACAGGGUAGUCGAGUUUCUGGAAACACUCAGCUCUUCACCUCACUUAGAGGUUCAAGAACGAGCGGUUGGUUUCCUGGAAAUAUUUAGAUUGGCAAAAGAGGCUAUAGCCGAACAACCCGCCAACGCGAAUAGAAUACCAGACGAAGACGAAGGUGGAAUACAAGAAGAAUACGACCCGCCGCUAAUACUUACCCAGGCGAUCCCUAGUCUCUUUCACGGGUUUGAGUUGAACCCUGUGGCGCCAAGAGCCCAAAGAAAGGUCCCAAUUCCUGAUACCCUCGACUUGGAGACUCCUAUAAACUCCCAAUUGGCUUUCUUGCUAAGCUCCGCGGACUAUGACGCUGGGGUAGGAGAUUUUGACCCGACGGCCGCGGCUGCGGACGAGGAGUUUGAGAAGUUUUACUACCAGAAACCCGUGGUUGUUGUUGAAACAGCUGCCCAGAGAAUCGAUCGAGCAGCAUCCAAUGCUUCUGGUGGGGAUAAACAUGGUAUUACAGGGUCGUAUCAGUCUGGAGAGGACACCUAUCUUGAUCCGGACAUCGUAGCACGGAGGAAAGCUGAGAGAAGGGAGAGAAAUAAAGACGAUCCAUUCUAUAUUGGAAGCACGGGAGCUAGUGGAAUAACUACGCCUAAUCCUUUAGGGGGUGAGCACUUUGAUAUCGAUAGUAUUCCUAUUAUGAAGUUGGAUCUAGGAGAUGGUGUAGGUUUGAUAAAGGAGGGUAAUGUAGGGGCACCGGUUCCAAGAGUCAAGGUUGAGAUUGCUGCCGAUGAAGGAGAUGGUAUGGACGAUGGCGAGGAUAUCGAACCUGUUGGGGUUGGGAGCUUGAGGAUCAAGGGCAAGAAAGGCAAGGGCAAGAAUAUACUCAACGUUGAUUCGAGCAAUCUUGUUGGGUUCUCGUUGGAAGAACCCGAGGAAGACUUGCUUGCCCAGGAAGAAGAUGUGGCAAAGGCGAAGAAGGAAGUGGAAAGACUUAGAGGCGAGAUUGCUAGGGCGGCGGAGAGGGUUAGGGUUCCGACUGUCCAACCAAUUGUUGAAGUUCCACCACAAGCUCAAGCUCAACCCACAGAGGUUGCGAAGAAAAAGAAGAAGAAGAAAGUGGUGGAGGAAGGUGACGACGGUGAGAAGAAGAAAGUCAAAAAGAAGAAAAAGAAGGAAGGGGAACAGGGAACCGGCGACCAAGCGGAAAGUAUACCUGUUGUCAAGAAGAAGAAAAAGAAGAGGCGAUCGUCAACAGCGGAAGCGGGAGGGGAUGCCGGCGAGGAUGCCGGGUGA